AAACCUCUCUUCACAUCUUCUGAUCACUAAUUCUCCAUAUUCUAAUUAUUUCACCAAAAUGGAGAAGAAGCGAUCAUACUACACCGUAUUGAUACCAACUCUCUUGACCGUAUGGCUAGCAUGCGCAGGUCAUUCUUGUGCCCGCCAUGCUAAGGCAAAACCUCCCACGGCCGGACCACCACGGUGUCCUAACUGCGGACCCAUGGUUGUACCUUAUCCUCUAAGCACGGGUCCAACCUGCGGCGAUCAAGCCUAUAGGAUAAAUUGUGUUGGUGGUAAGCUUUAUUUUGGUGCCCUCCAUGGGUCAUCUUAUGUCAUCACGUCCAUCAACUCGGUGACCCAGCGGAUCGUUCUACUCCCACCCGGUCUUGCUAGCGCCGGAUCUUGUAUCUCAGCUGAUGUCUCUAAACAAGGCCUUGAGCUCGAUCCACAUCUCCCUUUCAGCAUCACUAGCAGCAACACUAUCUUGCUACUUAAUUGCUCUCAGGCUAUGCUGCAGGCGCCAAUAGAUUGUAGUCCUACCAGUUUAUGCUACAGCUACAUCAAGAACAAUGCAUCACCUUGUUCUAAGGCUCCCUUGUGUUGCACCUUCAGAACCGAUGGGUCUCAAACCGCUUACACGAUUAGGAUCAACGGUGGAGGAUGUCUCGCGUACCAGAGCUUCGUGGGGCUGAAUCCAAACAAAGAGGUUCCUCCUCCCGGGAUAAAAUGGCCUGACAGAGGGCUAGAGUUGCAAUGGGCAUUGCCUAAAGAACCAGUUUGCAAAAGUGAUGUAGAUUGUAACCUCUUGUUGGGUAAAUCAAAAUGCUUGCCUGACCCGACGAGUCUCGGCCUAAAACGAUGCUCCUGCAAAAAAGGUUUGGAAUGGGAUCCGGUUAACGCAAUAUGUGGUAAAUGUCGCCAUGGGAAACACUGCAAAAAGAAGAAGAAGACCGUUGUCUUCGCAGGUGCGGCUGUUGCAGUUGUGGGAGUUACACUAGCGAUUGCGGUAGCGGUUAUUGCAACCAAACAUAGCCACCAAAAGGUUAAAAAGGAUCUCCAUAAGAACAUCGUCAAGGAGCGAGAAGAGAUGCUUAGUGCAAAUUCCACGGGAAACUUCGGGGUUGUGCUUCUGGAGAUGGUUACAUCAAAAAAGGCGAUAGAUUUCAGUAGAGAAGAGGAAGAUGUGAACCUGGUGAUGUAUAUUAACAAGAUGAUGGAUCAAGAGAGAUUGAUUGAAUGCAUUGAUCCGCUUCUCAAGAAGAUGGCUAGCAAGCUUGACCUGCAGACGAUGCAGCAGCUUGGGAAUUUAGCCUCUGCGUGCCUUAACGAGCGGAGACAAAACCGGCCUUCGAUGAAAGAGGUUGCUGAUGAGAUUGAAUACAUCAUCAAUAUUCUGUCACAAGAGGUUUCUGAGACAUAGUUGUCUUAGACUUCACCAAAAUGACUUGUACCCUUGCCCUGUUUCCGGUUAUGGAUUGGAUAAAAGAAGAGAGAAAAACAAUUCAUAGAGAUGGAUUUUUGUAAAAUCAAGGAGAAUGGGUUUU